AGUGGUUAAAAGUUUGAGAGGUAAGGGUAAAAUAAGAAUAUGCAAAUGGUUUAACUCGUGUUUUCAAGCUGCCUGGAUUUUCACUUUAACAUCACCUCAUUCAUUGCAGGUUACAGCCUCCCAACUAUCAACAUCCAAUAACAAGUGUUCAAUCCUCAUACUGGCCGACAGUGAAAAUGAGAAAAAUAAAUGGGUGGGACUGCUGAACGAGCUGCACCGGAUAUUGAAGAAGAACAAACUCAAGGACCGAUCAGUCUUUGUUCCAAAAGAAGCUUAUGACAGUGCCCUGCCACUCAUUAAGACAACGCAGUCAGCUGCAAUUAUAGAUCAUGAAAGGAUAGCACUGGGAAAUGAAGAAGGAUUGUUUGUAGUGCACGUCACCAAAGAUGAAAUCAUCCGUGUUGGUGAUAAUAAGAAGGUCCAUCAAAUUGAGCUCAUCUCAGGAGAGCAGCUCAUCGCUGUCAUUUCCGGAAGAAACCGGCAUGUCCGCCUCUUCCCCACUUCUGCUCUUGAUGGUCGGGAAGGUGAUUUCUUCAAACUGGUGGAGACGAAAGGCUGCCAGACGCUGGUAUCAGGAACAAUGCGCCAUGGUACAGCCACAUGCCUGUGCGUGGCCAUGAAGCGACAAGUACUGUGCUAUGAACUCAACCAGAGCAAAACCCGUCACAAAAAGUUCAAAGAAAUCCAAGUCCCGGGCAACGUGCAGUGGAUGGCCAUUUUCAACGAGCGCUUGCUUGUCGGCUAUCAGUCCAGUUUUGCCAAAUACCCGCUGCAGGGAGAUGGGAGUCCAGUCAGCCUACUCCACCCUGACGACCACACUCUCUCCUUCAUCACGCAGCAGCCCAACGAUGCAAUCUGUGCAGUGGAAAUCUCGGGCAAGGAGUACUUACUGUGUUUCAGUACUGUGGGCAUUUAUGUGGACUGCCAGGGUCGAAGGUCAAGACAACAAGAACUGAUGUGGCCAGCUAUUCCCACAACAUGCU